CAACUCGUUUUCCAACGUCCCAGUUCGCUUGAACGCAUCUAAGUGACGUCAUCAUUCAGUUCGCCCUGGUGGCUGAUGGGAUGGAUAUUGCAUGUUUGCAAACAUUAGCAAGAAGAAACUUAACACGUGGUGUUUAUACAUAUUAGGCCAUGGAUAGACAUACUUGCUGCGUUCGUAGUUGUAGUGACCGAGUCCGCCAUCAACACGGACGACUCGAGAAAACAUCCUACUAUAGUUUCCCUGCUUGGAAUCAGAAUCAAGGGACUGAAUACUCCGAAGUAACUAAGAAAAGACGGAUGGCCUGGUUAGAAGCCGUACAACGGACAGACAUAACAUACGGCACAAAUAUAAAUUUGAAAGUGUGUUCCAGACAUUUUCACUCAGGCAAACCAGCACAUUCAAUGGAUGUCUUAAACCCUGACUGGGUUCCGAGCCUUCACCUACAGCAUGAAGAUACACCCGCCAUAAAGUCACCGGAUCACUACUAUCACAGAUUUGUAAAAUGGCAAAAGAAAAGGUCAGCAUCAAGACAACACACAGAAUUCCAAACGCUGGGAGAUGUCAAGAAACUUGUUAACAAGACACAGGCACCACAAAAAAAGGAAGUGGAAGACCCAACAGAGGCUAUGGCGGUUGACAGCGUACAAGCGGUAAAUCCCAUAGAAGUGGCUGGCGAUGUGAAAAAGGAUGAGGAAUUGGUUAAGGGUGUGGAAGUACCACAAGAAUCGGCAUCCCAGAUACAUCGAUUUUUGGGGCAGAGCAGCUCUGAAGAACUUGCAUUUUUGUUGCCAAUGAGGGAGCUUUGCUGUGAGCUACACAAAAAUAACAUGGAUGAAAACUUCUUCAAAGCCAAUGCACAUACCAUCGAAUAUUACACAGGAAUACCAAGCCUUGCUACUUUUAUGGUGGUAUUAGAUGAGGUUAAGCCUUCGUUGCCAGUGUCCAAGCUGUCCCCCUUUCAUAUGGUGUUAUUGACACUUGCUCGUCUAAGGCUUGGAAUUUCAAUUGAACACCUAGCACAACUCCUCGAGGUUUCAUGUGAAACUAUUUACACUGCAUUUACCAACACUGUAGAUGUGUUGUAUUCAUGCCUUAACUCCUUGGUACUGUGGCCCAAAAGGCAUUGUUUGCAAGCCAUGAUGCCAUGUUGGUUUUUGGAAACCUUUGGCAAACGUGUAGCCAUUAUUGUUGACUGCUUCCAAAUGCAUAUAGAGAGGCAAUCAAGGGUCACCCAAACACAAAGGCAGUCAUGGUCUUCCAACAGAAACACACACACUGUAAAAUACCUGCUUGGUAUCACGCCACAAGGUGCAAUAGUGUUUAUUUCUAAGGAAUGGGGGAGUUGUGCAUCUGACAUACAGGUCACCGAGAAUUGCGGCCUCCUUGAUGAACUGCUACCAGGUGAUAUUGUUUUGUCUGAUCGAGGAUUUGAUAUCGAAGACAACAAGGGCCUGUGGUGUGCCACGGUCAAAAACCAUUGGCCCUCAAACAAACAUCUACUCGAACCCAAGAAUGUGGUAAACACACCAGCAAUAGUAAAGCUGAGGAAUCUUGUGAAAGGAGUGAUUGAUAAUGUGCGCAUAAAGUCUGCGAUGCUACAUAACAGAAUACCUGCUAAUUUGUAUCUGCAAUGUAAGGACGAGGAGGUCACCUUUCUUCACAAGAUUGUGAGCAUUUGCUGUACUGUGUCCAACCUGUGUCCAAGUGUUAAUGUCACACUGGAUGGGUCCAAAAAUGUGCACAUGUAAUAUGACAAUUAGUGUAUUGAUAUGACUUCUUUCUGCAAACGUUGUCUCUUUUUGUUCAAUAAAAUGUUUUAAGUGGGACACUGUUGUUUUUGAGCAAUAUUUGUCCACAAGCUCUACAUGGAUACAUUAUACAUAGUGCCUUACUUAAUUUUGCUCUCAUUAAUACGUGUAGCACGAAUUUCUGCAUUUGCCAAAAGCAUCACAUAUUAUUUUCUUA